AUGCCCGCGGAUUCGGAGACUUUCUUCCAGUUCCACGACCACCGCUUUGCAGCAAUUGUUGGAUCAACACCGGUCAUCGAGCUUCUUGCCGAACAUCGGGAUUAUCCAUUCGCUCACGAGGCGGGAGUCUUCCUUCCUGAGAGCAAUACUCUCUACGUCACUAGCAACCGAUGUACCGGACCGGGCAGCGAACAAAGGGUUCACAUUACUCGAGUGGACCUGAACAAGAGGCCUGUAAGCUAUGAGGAAGUUCUCACAGAUAUACCAAUGGCGAAUGGAGCCAUUAACUAUGGAAAAAAUGAUAUUCUUUUCUGUGCGCAAGGAUCCAUGACCCAGCCUAGCGGGCUAUACUGGCUGUCGACCACUUCAUAUAAAUCCGAACUGCUGAAAGGCGACUUUUUCGGCCGGCAAUUCAAUUCCCUCAAUGAUGUCGUGGUACACAAGGAUGGCUCGGUCUGGUUCACGGAUCCCAUUUACGGCUUCGAGCAGGGUUAUCGACCACCUCCCCGUCUGCCAAACCAGGUCUACCGAUGGUGUCCGAGUAGUGGUAAUAUCCGAGCUAUGGCGGAUAGGUUUGGACGACCGAAUGGCCUUUGCUUCUCCCCAGAUGAGAAAGUCGUUUAUAUUACCGAUACUGAUCGGGUCCAUGGUGAUGGCACAAUCGAUGAUAUGCGGGUUUCUUCAAUGUAA